AAGUAAUACUUACCAGGAAGUCCCCUGAAUAAAGGGACAGCAGAGACAGAGACAUUGUUACUGCUUAGAGUUCUGAUCUGUAACAAGUACGCUAUCCCAGCAGGGUGAAGAAUGGGGUUUGCAGAAGACAAGUUUGAGAAGUACCUGAGGGGAAACAUUAGCCUCCUGCAUAGAAUAAACCUGGAAGAAAUCUUGCAGUAUUUGCCCUGCCUCUCGAAAUCCACGCAGGAAAAAUUAAGGCAAAAGUCUGAAAACAGAGGCAAUCGGAAUACAAUAUGGGAAUUCAUUAAUGACUUAACGAAAAGGGACGGAUGGGUGCAAGAGUUUCUGUAUGCCCUAAGGGAGUGCGAGCUCAACGAGCUGGUGGAACAGCUGGAGGAGGAAUACAACAAACAUGUUAUAAAGCGUCCUUCAGAACCUUCUCGUCCCGCAUCAACAAGGCAAGCCCUGGCCAAUGCAGAUCUAGAUAAUGGCAACUAUCAACAACCAGUGUCUGUGCCUCGGGGACAUGAGCGAAUCCAUACCCACAUGGUUAUUCCAAGCCAUGAUGAUCCAAAUGUUAAUUCCAACGCUAACUACAAUCAAGCGCAACCUCCAAUAAUUUAUGUACCAGCUAAAGCAAUUCUGCCACCACAUCAGCAAAACCAGGCUUUCCAGCCAGUAUACAGUAUCCAGCCACCAGCAAAUCCUCCUCCCCCAGUACAACCCCCCCAGUACAAUCCCCCCGUACAAUCCUCUAACCCCAGUACAGUGCAGCCUCGUCCCCAAAUUAGGGCUCCCCUUGGCUCCGCCCAUCUUGCCCAACAACAAACUGCUUCUCUUGCCCAUAACGAGUCUGAGCCACCACAGUCAUGUAGUUACAGUAGCGCAGACUGUGUGGCAAGCAUCCAUUCUGAUGUACCAUCGUCAUCAUCGUCAUCAUCGCUACAACAGAACUGCUCUGUAGAAGAUUCUGUAAAAACUCCUAUACCUGAAACCUCUCCCCAGGGUUUAUGUGAUCCAUUUAAUGAGGUAACAAAGUCACCUGUCCAGAGCUCGUCGGUUUUAGAUGAUUCUUAUGAUCUUUACCCACCAAUGACUCCAAGCAAAACAUCCUGGGUACUGAGCACUGGGGAUCAUCAGAGAACACAGGUGCCUGUCUCCCCUCCUUUAAACUCCACAUCUUCUCCCUCUGUCCUGAAUUUAGAGCGACCUCUGCCUAGCACCCCAAGGGACCCUGAUGUAAGACGGAAACAUCCGCAGAGGCCCGCUGAUACUCCGGACACCAGUCGUUUGGCCAGCACUGCAAGUCGCAAUGAUGUGCCCAACAAUCGUCCAUUAAACAGUGCCUCUCCCCCUGCUGCUAGAAAUCCAGACCCCCCACUGAUCAGCACCCCAAGAGAACCUUAUGUGCAAAAGGUGUCUCCAUUAAAUGCCAAUUCUUCUCCCUCUGCCCUAAACGUAGACCGACCUCUGCCUAGCACCCCAAGAGAGCCUGAUGUACGACGGAAACAUCCUCCCAAUGAUUCACCAGAUGCAAUUCACUCUGCCAGUAAUACAAGUCGCCAUGAUGUUCCAAGGAGACAUCCUCCCAAUGAUUCCCCAGAUGCAAUUCGCUUUGCCGGUAGUACAAGUCGCCAUGAUGUUUCAAGGGGGGAAAUACCUGAAUCUUUACCCACAAGGGCACUUUCACAUCUUCCAAGACAUUCAGAGGUUGCUGAACAGCCAGUUGUCCCAAGUUCAUCAGUCAAGCCACUAAAUCGCACUGACGAUGGGGAUGAAGAUGACUUUUUCCCGAGUAAACCAGGAGAAUUAGUGUCCACCAUAGAAUACCCAAACACCCGUGCAGGGGUUUCGGGGGUAACUGACGCCUUAUCUGGCAACCACGAGUUUCUCUUUAGCUCAGACUCAUCUCAAAGUCACAAUUUGGAGAUAAGUUGCUCACUGGGGAAUGGGAAUAUGCAGACUCGACCGAGUGCUCAAAAUAUCAAUGCCAACGGCAGGAAUUCUGAGGGGCAACCACCACACAACAGCCGUCAGUCUCAGCAGAACAGCCCAUCAAGCAGCGGUGAACGUGGCCGGGCGGAAUAUCCUACAACCAGAGUGCAGCCGGAAGAAAAUGAAAUGCCUUAUGGUAAUUCACCGGGAUCCGUCCAAAGAGGUGGCACCAAUUAUCCUCCGUACAUACAUGAUCUUUGGCUGCGCAGCACAUCACAGCAGCCAGAGGAGAACAGCUACGCGGAGAAUACAGAUAUAAGGAAUUUCACUCUUAUUGUGAAGCAAGAUGCCAGCUUAGAUCAGAUGGCAGCCAACACAUUGCCAGCUAGUGGGCCACAACCAGAGCACAGUGGCACUAACCAAGGCCUAGGCAAAGUAUCCAAGGAUACAGAUACAGACAGCAGGUUGCUACUCACAGCUCUUGCCGUUGUCGGCGUUUCCCUAACCUUGCUCCUGUUAUGGAGAAGAGUUAGAAAUUAAAGGUGGCCAUACACGCCAAGAUCCACGAGGUCCCCAAGUGAGCGGAUCUUCUCCCGAUAUCCCCACCUACGGGGCUAAUUCAGUUGUUUGGCCCUGGAGCCAAACAAUCGAAUUAGAACGAUGUGUAUAGGCGUCCGUCGGUUCGUCCUGAUACUGUCCCCGAUCCGACUAAAUUUCAAACCUGCCCGAUGGAGAUCUGGCUGAUAUCAGGCAGGCCUGUCAUUAGUGCCCAUACACAGGCUGAAAAGCUGCUGAAUCGGUCUAAGGGACC